AUGUUGAAAUCGAUCUUGUGCUGCUCGAUUACUUUUUCCGCUCGCUUCAUCAACGCUGUCUUAGAUGAAGUCGUGCGGCUUGGUGAUUCAUACAAUGGAAACUUCAAGAAAGCGAAUUGGAAUCGCAUUGUCAGAGCAUUCAACGACGGGCUAUUGACCGGCCAGACACGAGAUCGAAAGCAACUGCAGAGCAAGAUUGCAGAGCUGAAAAAGAAAUACAGGACAUACGCUGCAAUGAAGGCAAACAGUGGGUUUGGGUGGGACCCUACCACAGGGAUGCCUACGGCUCCAGAUUCUGUGUGGGACGACUUAAUCGCUGUGUACCCUCAAGCAAAAGAAUUCAAAAGCAGACCUCUCUUUAUGUACCACGAACUGGACAUAAUUAUGUCUCGCACCGCUGCAACCGGUGCAUUCGCUGUUUACGAUGAGCAUAUUAUAAGCCUUGCACGACCGGCACCGUCGUCUCUGAGUGGACUAAGCAACGACUCCGGCGAUGAAGUACUCGACACAUCAAAAGCCGACAGCUUACCUGCGCGGACGAAGCAAUUAAAAUCUAAGGAUAUGUUUACGGACGAAGUCCCAGUUCACCAGCGCUUCAGGUUCAUUAAGCUACUAGCAACUCAACCGAACGCGGCAACCAUGUUUUAUGGGAUGGACGACGAAAGCCGCCGAUAUAUGGUAGAGCAGUACCUGCUGACGGACAAUUCAGACUCAGAUUGA